GAGGACCCAAUUCUUACUCACAAAAUCACAAGUGCAACACUUGAUUUAAUUUCUCAAUAGUGGUGAUUCUUGUUUUGUGUAUAAUGCCUAAAAAAAUGGCUUUGAACUUACAUCAUAACCUAUUUUUCUUCUUUAUUAUGUUGGUUUCUAUCUUGUUCAUGGCUUCUGCUCAAUUAUCUUCAGAUUUUUAUGGAACAACAUGCCCUAAAGCCCUUUCUAUCAUAAACUCUGCGGUGUGCAGUGCUGUUUCUAAAGAACAUCGCAUGGGUGCUUCAUUGCUUCGUCUUCAUUUCCAUGAUUGCUUUGUCAAUGGAUGUGAUGCAUCAGUCCUGUUAGACGACACUUCAAGCUUCACCGGAGAGAAGUCGGCUGGCGCAAAUGUGAAUUCUCUGAGAGGUUUUUAUGUGAUUGACAACAUUAAAACUCAAUUGGAAACUGCUUGUCCUGGAGUUGUUUCUUGUGCUGAUAUUGUUGCAGCUGCUGCUCGUGAUGCUGUUGUAGCGUUGGGUGGUCCAUCAUGGAGUGUUGGAUUAGGUAGAAGAGAUUCAACCACUGCUAGUAAAGAUACUGCCACUAAUGAUAUUCCAUCCCCUCUAAUGGAUCUUAGUGACCUCAUAUCUGCUUUUUCAAACAAGGGAUUUACCACCAAAGAGAUGGUUGUUCUUUCAGGUGCUCAUACAACCGGACAAGCCAGGUGUCAAUUGUUCAGAGGCCGGAUUUAUAACGAGACAAUCAUUGAUUCAAAUUUCGCAACCUCAGUGAAAUCAAACUGUCCAAGUACAGGUGGUGAUAGCAACCUUACCUCACUUGAUGUCACAACCAAUGUAUUAUUUGACAAUGCUUAUUUCAAGAAUCUUGUUAACAAAAAAGGACUUUUACAUUCUGAUCAACAACUCUUCAGUGGUGGUUCUACUGACUCUCAAGUCACUGCAUAUAGCACAAGUCCUUCAACUUUCUAUACAGAUUUUGCUAGUGCUAUGGUGAAAAUGGGAAAUCUCAGUCCUUUAACCGGGAAUAACGGCCAGAUUCGUACUAAUUGCCGCAAAGUUAACUAAAUCGUUGAAACUAUGAUGAACAAAUAAUGCUUGUCUAGUCACAAACUUUCAUGUAAUAUUAAAUUUUACAUUAUCAUAGAAAAUGUGAUGAGCAAAACAUGCUUGUUUAGUUUGAGUCUUUAAUGUAAUAUGGUGUUUCCUAGUAUCUGUCUAGUUUAAUUAUUUCAGAAUCUAAAUUGCAAGGUGUGGUGUUGAGUCAGAUGUUGUACUUGUUCUCAAUAAAUUUAUCAAAUGGAUGAUUAAAAAA